AUGACUAGGGUUCAAGAAUUGUCGGAGGAGUUUCAUUCCUUCAAGCAACGAGUUGACACCCAAUUUGAAGAAUUGCGUGCGCAAUCAACGAUGCAAGCGACGGACACCCGCAACCAGAUUUCCUUGCUGGUUCAUCAGAUGCAACAACUCCAGGAGGUGGUGAUUGCUAACCAUUCACCUCGUCGUGACCCUCCUCAUGGCAAUACUUCAAAUUUGCCACUAACGCAUCCAGAUUCCACCGAUAACCGUUCCUUACUCAAAGGGAUUCGGAUGGAGAUGUCGUUGUUCAAUGGCAAUUACCCCAAUAAUUGGAUCUUUAAGGCGGAACUCUUUUUCACUCUUCAAUCGAUUCCAGAAGACACCAAGGUGCCAUUGGCGGGGUUGAAGAUGGAUGGUAUGGCUGCUUCUUGGUUUCAAUGGAUCUUUAAAUCAGGUACUGCUUGUUCUUGGGGUGAUUUCAGUUCUGCUCUCCGUCAUCGUUUUGGCAUCCCUGGGUUCACCAAUUUGAAAGGGGCGUUAUCUAAAUUGACCCAGACCUCCUCUCUUCGCCAUUUCAUUCAGCAAUUUGAGGCGUUAGUGAAUCAAACUCCUGAAUUAGAUGAUGAUCUUAAGAAUUUUUUCAUAUCGGGUCUCCAAUCGGAGCUUCGAGGUGCGGUUCAAUUACGGGAACCCAAUUCUUUGCACCAAGCCAUUCAACUUGCUAUGGCAUAUGAUGAUCAUUUCGGUGAGUUGAAGAAUUCUUUUCAGGGUACACAACGCAAAUUUGCGUCACGAUUCAAUUCAGUGGUUGAUCCUACACCUGUUACUACACAUUCUCCUACUCCUAUGGGAGUCAACCAACUUCUUGUGUCCACAACACAACGUUUGGCCCUUCCUGCUCUUAAUCAUGGAAAACGUUUUUCGCAUGUUGAUUUGCAAAAACGUAGAGAUAUGGGUCUGUGUUAUACUUGUGAUGAACGAUGGAACUCAAAUCAUAUCUGUAAAAAUAAGUUGAUGCUGUUAGUAGGAGAGGAAUCUGACCAGGAUCCUGAAAUUGAAGAGGAAACCAUUGUAUGGCAAGCGGACAAUUCAGGUGGGGAAUCACGAGAUGCUGCUCUACAUGCUUUGAAUGAUGGCCAUCAUUAUCGUUCUCUGAUGUUUUUAACUACCUUGAAGGGUAUGGAGUUUUCAGUACUGGUGGAUUCAGGGAGUACCCACAACUUCAUACAAAAGCACUUGGCUAUUCAACUAUCUCUACCUAUGUCCCAUAGUCAUAAAAUUCGUGUUUAUUUGGGCAAUGGUGAGGUUAUGAUUUCUGACAAAAAGUGCUUGAAGGUACCUUUGAUGAUUCAAGGUACUUGUUUUGUCUGUGAUUUAUGGGUGUUGGAAUUGGCAGAUUUAAAUGUCAUCCUUGGCAUGCCUUGGCUGGAGAAGUUAGGAAAGGUCACCCAUGAUUACAUUCAUAAGUCCAUGGAAUUAUUUUUGGAGGGGCAACCAAAAUGUUUACAAGGCCAAAGACUUGGUUCUGUAAAUGGAGGUGAUUCAGAUACUCCUCAAUCCGAUUGGGGAAUUUGUGAUGUUCUACAAGUUGAAACCAAAUUACAAGUGCAGGAUACUAUUGGUUCCGAAUUAUUAGCUUUGAAGGAUUCGGUUCCCAAUGAGAUUUGGCUAGUUUUGGUCAGAUUCCAAUAUAUCUUCUCAUUACCAUGUGGCUUACCUCCUUUCAGGGGAAUGGAUCACUCAAUCCAUUUGACAGAUAAUGCCUCACCAAUUAAUGUCAAGCCUUAUCGAUAUGCUCACAGCCAGAAGUCUGAAAUUGAAAGGCAGGUAACUGAUUUAUUAAAUGCUGGUUUCAUACAACACUCACAAAGUCCAUUUUCCUCUCCUGUUUUACUUGUUAGGAAGCAGGAUAAUUCUUAG